GCGCGGGCGCGCAGGCGCGGCGGGGCGGGCCGGGCCGCGCUGUGUCACGGCCAUGGAGUACCUCAUCGGCAUUCAGGGCCCUGACUACGUCCUGGUGGCCGCGGACACCGUGGCGGCCACCAGCAUCAUCCAGAUGAAGCACGACCAUGACAAAAUGUUUAAGAUGAGUGAAAAGAUCUUACUGCUGUGUGUGGGGGAGCCUGGAGACACGGUGCAGUUUGCAGAAUACAUCCAGAAAAAUGUUCAGCUCUACAAAAUGAGAAAUGGUUAUGAAUUGUCUCCCACUGCAGCUGCAAACUUCACCCGGCGAAACCUCGCGGACUAUCUGCGGAGUCGGACCCCUUACCAUGUGAACCUUCUCCUGGCUGGCUAUGAUGACCACGAGGGCCCUGCCCUGUACUACAUGGACUACCUGGCAGCUCUGGCAAAGGCUCCCUUUGCAGCACAUGGAUAUGGAGCAUUCCUUACCCUUAGCAUCCUUGACCGCUAUUACAAGCCAGGUAUCACACGUGAGGAAGCUGUGGAUCUCUUAAAAAAAUGUCUGGAGGAGGUGAGUUGCUGAGCUCAGGCCCUGAUGCUCCUGAGAAAGGAAUGUUUGUUUGCAUUCAUUCGCUGAUACUUUCCUGUUCCUCUUGUCGCAUUUCUUGC